CAACACCGGCCGACGGCCGGGCCCAAUGCUAGUAGAAAUAACAAUCGUGUUGAGGCAGCCUUAAAUCAAUUGAUUCUCCAUUUUGCCGGUAAACCUGAUAGCUGAUACCCUUUUCUCUCAGUUUCACCUUCCCCUCGGUCCUCCUGCUGCUUAAACCCUAGACCUCGCCGACGAAGAAAACUAACCGAACUGACAAAUUUCAAAGAGAUUUCAGUAUGUCGAACAGAGAAGAUUCCGAUUCGGAAUCAGACGCACCGGAGGAGUUCACCGCCGAGCAGGGAAUUGAAUUAGAUGCGGAGAUAAGGAAGAUUCAGAAGGAAAAUAAGUCGAGGGUUGCGCGUGAGGGUAAAGCAUUAAGGAGGAAGUGGGCAGAGCGGAAAACGCCUCGACCAUCUAAAAAGGGAGAACAAGGUGUCCAAGAUGCAGUUGAAACCGAGGAGGAAGAUGUGACUGCGAAAGGGAUGCUUCCCAGUAACAUUGUUCAACAGCUUGCUGCCCGGGAGAAGAAAGUGUUUACCACAGAAUCUGAUGAUGAAACCCCUGGUGCAAAUGCGAAGCUUCCUCCAAGGAAGAAGAAGGCGAGAGGCUCAGGGCCGCAGACUGUUAUUCUGAAUGAGAUAUCCCCACCUCCAUGUUUACAGAACUCGUUAGAGUUUCUAAAGAAGAACAAGAUGCGGCUUUCGAGAUCAUCAGCUGUUCUUAACAACUCCAACCAAGCUCUUCGCUUUAUCUCUUCAUCUGGCUUGUUAAGUAAGAAGUGAGAACAAAGUGCGGCUUCAGCUUCAGCUUCUUCUCCAACGGUGCCAUUUCCCCCUGCUUCGAGUGAGUUGAAGGGCAAUUCAUUCAAGUAUCUGGUUUCUGGGAAGUGUUGUAUCAACCAAGCUAGUGUAUCAUCUCGGAGGCCCUUUGCUCCCAGCCAUGUCGACCAGGUUACAGCUUGUUUUGCUAAGGCAAUCAAUCUACUAUGCGUAGUCCAUGAAUUAGUGAAGAAGUGUUAGCGUCCUGUUGGCUAUUUUCAGGUAUACAAACACGAAAUUUUUGUCACUUGCUAUUGGUGGUGCAUCAGUUAGAGAAGCUUUGCUGUUGCGAAUUUUUGAGUUCAAAUUGUAAUGAAAGGGAAAUUUAAUGCAUUCCUGUUUCGAGAGAACUCCAAAUGCAUUGCAUUUUUCAAACCCAUCGUUUAUUAGAAUUAGAUAGUGG